AUGGGCCCCUGUACCGCCUCCUCAUGCUGCUGCCAGGCCCGUAAUCUGCCAUGGGCCCCCGUACCGCCUCCUCAUGCUGCUGCCAGGCCUGUAAUCUGCCAUGGGCCCCUGUACCGCCUCCUCAUGCUGCUGCCAGGUCCACAGUGUCUCAUGGGUCCCUGUGCCACUUUCAGGUCUCCUCACACUGCUGGUGUGUUCCAUUUUGUCAUAGGGUGUGGCAGAUUACGGGCCUCCCAUUGCUGCUGCCCAGGCCCGUAAUCUGCCAUGGGCCCCCGUACCGCCUCCUCAUGCUGCAUGCCAGGUCCACAGUGUCUAUGGGUCCCUGUUGCACGGCCUCCAUUUGACAUGCUGAUCUCCAUCGCCACACUCUGACCAUGUGCCACUUUCAGGUCUCCUGCACACUGCUGGUGGCAAAUUUUGUGACA